AUGGAUACUCAGGCCAUUGAAAACCUCUCCCAGCUUUUCGGAAACAUGUCUGUACAAGAUCUUUGGACAGCUUUGAAAAAUGCACAGGUCCAAAAUCAGACCCUACAGAACAAGAUCCGUGCUCUACAGAUGGCACCUGCUCCCAUUGACUCUUCCAGUGGUCCAACCUCGCAGUCCUCCCAAAUCUCAGCUGGUAACAUGAACUCUGUAUUAAACAAUGCCUCUGGCCAAGCAUCGAUCCUCAAAACGAAAGAAAGCAAGGAAAUUUUUCAAAUGGCGGGAAGGAGAUUGGUUAUUUUCGGCCACACCUGGUGGGAGAAAAAGGAUGUAUUUGGUAUUGGACAGUCUUUGGCAUGA